CCCGGGCUGGAUGGCUCAUUCUGCUGGCUGCGCGGUGGCGGCGGCUGUGUGUGCGCCGCGCCUUGCCGCCCCCCCUGGCCCCCCGAGCCCGGGGCGCGCGCUCCCGCCCGGGCCCUCCGGGCCCCGCGGCGCCGCGGCCCGAGGCCCCGGGAAGCGCAGCCAUGGCUCUGCGGAGGCUGGGGGCCGCGCUGCUGCUGCUGCCGCUGCUCGCCGCCGUGGAAGAAACGCUAAUGGACUCCACUACAGCGACUGCUGAGCUGGGCUGGAUGGUGCAUCCUCCAUCAGGGUGGGAAGAGGUGAGUGGCUACGAUGAGAACAUGAACACGAUCCGCACGUACCAGGUGUGCAACGUGUUUGAGUCAAGCCAGAACAACUGGCUACGGACCAAAUUUAUCCGGCGCCGUGGUGCCCACCGCAUCCAUGUGGAGAUGAAGUUUUCAGUGCGUGACUGCAGCAGCAUCCCUAGCGUGCCUGGCUCCUGCAAGGAGACCUUCAACCUCUAUUACUAUGAGGCUGACUUUGACUCGGCCACCAAGACCUUCCCCAACUGGAUGGAGAAUCCAUGGGUGAAGGUGGAUACCAUUGCAGCCGACGAGAGCUUCUCCCAGGUGGACCUGGGUGGCCGUGUCAUGAAAAUCAACACCGAGGUGCGGAGCUUCGGACCUGUGUCCCGCAGCGGCUUCUACCUGGCCUUCCAGGACUAUGGCGGCUGCAUGUCCCUCAUCGCCGUGCGUGUCUUCUACCGCAAGUGCCCCCGCAUCAUCCAGAAUGGCGCCAUCUUCCAGGAAACCCUGUCGGGGGCUGAGAGCACAUCGCUGGUGGCUGCCCGAGGCAGCUGCAUCGCCAAUGCGGAAGAGGUGGAUGUACCCAUCAAGCUCUACUGUAAUGGGGACGGCGAGUGGCUGGUGCCCAUCGGGCGCUGCAUGUGCAAAGCAGGCUUCGAGGCCGUUGAGAAUGGCACCGUCUGCCGAGGUUGUCCAUCUGGAACUUUCAAGGCCAACCAAGGGGACGAGGCCUGUACCCACUGUCCCAUCAACAGCCGGACCACUUCUGAAGGGGCCACCAACUGUGUCUGCCGCAAUGGCUACUACAGAGCAGACCUGGACCCCCUGGACAUGCCCUGCACAACCAUCCCCUCCGCGCCCCAGGCUGUGAUUUCCAGUGUCAAUGAGACCUCCCUCAUGCUGGAGUGGACCCCUCCGCGCGACUCCGGAGGCCGAGAGGACCUCGUCUACAACAUCAUCUGCAAGAGCUGUGGCUCGGGCCGGGGCGCCUGCACCCGCUGCGGGGACAAUGUACAGUAUGCACCGCGCCAGCUAGGGCUGACCGAGCCACGCAUUUACAUCAGCGACCUGCUGGCCCACACCCAGUACACCUUCGAGAUCCAGGCCGUGAACGGCGUUACUGACCAGAGCCCCUUCUCACCUCAGUUCGCCUCUGUGAACAUCACCACCAACCAGGCAGCUCCGUCGGCAGUGUCCAUCAUGCAUCAGGUGAGCCGCACCGUGGACAGCAUUACCCUGUCGUGGUCCCAGCCGGACCAGCCCAAUGGCGUGAUCCUGGACUAUGAGCUGCAGUACUAUGAGAAGGAGCUCAGUGAGUACAACGCCACAGCCAUAAAAAGCCCCACCAACACGGUCACCGUGCAGGGCCUCAAAGCCGGCGCCAUCUAUGUCUUCCAGGUGCGGGCACGCACCGUGGCAGGCUACGGGCGCUACAGCGGCAAGAUGUACUUCCAGACCAUGACAGAAGCCGAGUACCAGACAAGCAUCCAGGAGAAGUUGCCACUCAUCAUCGGCUCCUCGGCUGCUGGCCUGGUCUUCCUCAUUGCUGUGGUUGUCAUCGCCAUCGUGUGUAACAGAAGACGGGGGUUUGAGCGUGCCGACUCGGAGUAUACUGACAAGCUGCAACACUACACCAGUGGCCACAUGACCCCAGGCAUGAAGAUCUACAUCGAUCCUUUCACCUACGAGGACCCCAAUGAGGCAGUGCGGGAGUUUGCCAAGGAAAUUGACAUCUCCUGUGUCAAAAUUGAGCAGGUGAUCGGAGCAGGGGAGUUUGGCGAGGUCUGCAGUGGCCACCUGAAGCUGCCAGGCAAGAGAGAGAUCUUUGUGGCUAUCAAGACGCUCAAGUCGGGCUACACGGAGAAGCAGCGCCGGGACUUCCUGAGCGAAGCCUCCAUCAUGGGCCAGUUCGACCAUCCCAACGUCAUCCACCUGGAGGGUGUUGUGACCAAGAGCACACCUGUGAUGAUCAUCACCGAGUUCAUGGAGAAUGGCUCCCUGGACUCCUUUCUCCGGCAAAACGAUGGGCAGUUCACAGUCAUCCAACUGGUGGGCAUGCUUCGGGGCAUCGCAGCCGGCAUGAAGUACCUGGCAGACAUGAACUAUGUUCACCGUGACCUGGCUGCCCGCAACAUCCUCGUCAACAGCAACCUAGUCUGCAAGGUGUCAGACUUUGGGCUCUCACGCUUUCUAGAGGACGAUACCUCAGACCCCACCUACACCAGCGCCCUGGGUGGAAAGAUCCCCAUCCGCUGGACAGCCCCGGAAGCCAUCCAGUACCGGAAGUUCACCUCGGCCAGUGAUGUGUGGAGCUACGGCAUUGUCAUGUGGGAGGUGAUGUCCUAUGGGGAGCGGCCCUACUGGGACAUGACCAACCAGGACGUAAUCAAUGCCAUUGAGCAGGACUAUCGGCUGCCGCCGCCCAUGGACUGCCCGAGCGCCCUGCACCAACUCAUGCUGGACUGUUGGCAGAAGGACCGCAACCACCGGCCCAAGUUCGGCCAAAUUGUCAACACGCUAGACAAGAUGAUCCGCAAUCCCAACAGCCUCAAAGCCAUGGCGCCCCUCUCCUCUGGCAUCAACCUGCCACUGCUGGACCGCACGAUCCCCGACUACACCAGCUUUAACACGGUGGACGAGUGGCUGGAGGCCAUCAAGAUGGGGCAGUACAAGGAGAGCUUCGCCAAUGCUGGCUUCACCUCCUUUGACGUCGUGUCUCAGAUGAUGAUGGAGGACAUUCUCCGGGUUGGGGUCACUUUGGCUGGCCACCAGAAAAAAAUCCUGAACAGUAUCCAGGUGAUGCGGGCGCAGAUGAACCAGAUUCAGUCUGUGGAGGUUUGACAUUCACCUGCCUCGGCUCACCUCUUCCUCCAAGCCCCGCCCCCUCCGCCCCACGUGCCAGCCCUCCUGGUGCUCUAUCCACUGCAGGGCCAGCCACUCGCCAGGAGGCCACGGGCCACGGGAAGAACCAAGCGGCGCCAGCCACGAGACGUCACCAAGAAAACAUGCAACUCAAACGACGGAAAAAAAAAGGGAAUGGGAAAAAAGAAAACAGAUCCUGGGAGGGGGCGGGAAAUACAAGGAAUAUUUUUUAAAGAGGAUUCUCAUAAGGAAAGCAAUGACUGUUCUUGCGGGGGGAUAAAAAAGGGCUUGGGAGAUUCAUGCGAUGUGUCCAAUCGGAGACCAAAAGCAGUUUCUCUCCAACUCCCUCUGGGAGGGUGACCUGGCCAGAGCCAAGAAACACUUUCAGAAAAACAAAUGUGAAGGGGAGAGACAGGGGCCGCCCUUGGCUCCUGUCCCUGCUGCUCCUCUAGGCCUCACUCAACAACCAAGCACCUGGAGGACGGGACAGAUGGACAGGCAGCCACCCUGAGAACCCCUCUGGGAAAAUCUAUUCCUGCCACCACUGGGCAAACAGAAGAAUUUUUCUGUCUUUGGAGAGUAUUUUAGAAACUCCAGUGAAAGACACUGUUUCUCCUGUCGGCUCACGGGGCUGAAAGGGGCUUUUGUCCUCCUGGGUCAGGGAGAACGCGGGGAUGCCAGAAAGGUCAGCCUUCCUGAGGAUGACCACCCCCCGGGUCUGCAGCUCCAGGUACAUAUCACGCGCACAGCCUGGCGGCCUGGCCCGCCUGGUGCCCACUCCCGCCAGCCCCCGCCUCGAGGACUGAUACUGCAGUGACUGCCGUCAGCUCCGACUGCCGCUGAGAAGGGUUGAUCCUGCAUCUGGGUUUGUUUACAGCAAUUCCUGGACUCGGGGCUAUUUUGGUCACAGGGUGGUUUUGGUUUAGGGGGUUUGUUUGUUGGGUUAUUUUUUGUUUUUGUUUUUUUUUUAAUGACAAUGAAGUGACACUUUGACAUUU